GCUUGGGGUACUCGCCCUAAUGAAAAAUGUCAUCGAAGAGGUCAUCGACGACGAACCAGCGAAUUUAAUGACGAUGGAGGAAUACUUUGAUGAUGCAGAGCAGGCUGAGCAUAGUAUGACCUUAGCAGCCUUUGCCCACUUCCAAGAGAAGCAGCACGCUCGCAUGAGAGAGUAUGUACAAUCGACUGUCAGCAGGUACAGUCCGGACGACUUCCAUAUGCAUUUCCGGAUGUCACGUACAACGGUAGAGAUUCUAAUGGGUGAAAUAGCAAGCUCCAUGAGUAGAUGUGUAUCACAGUCUCUAGAAGGUAAAGUAUUGUCAUCCUUAUGGUUCCUCUGUACCAGGGAAUCUUACAGAGAAGUUGGAGAUAAGUUUGGUAUUGACAGGGGAAGACAUCGUAUUGUAAUGGAGUUCUGUAAGUCGGUCUGCAACCUCAGUCCUCGUUACAUAGCAGGGCCAUCUGAAGUGCAAGCUGAAAGAAUCAUGACAACUUUUGAGAACAAGACAGGAUUUCCUCAGGUUCUUGGCUGCAUUGAUGGUACCCAUAUUGACAUCAAGGGCAAGGAUGUCGGAGGAAGCUGCAUUGAUGGUACCCAUAUUGACAUCAAGGGCAAGGAUGACGGAGGAAGCUGCAUUGAUGGUACCCAUAUUGACAUCAAGGGCAAGGAUGACGGAGGAAGCUGCAUUGAUGGCACCCAUAUUGACAUCAAGGGCAAGGAUGUCGGAGGAAGCUGCAUUGAUGGCACCCAUAUUGACAUCAAGGGCAAGGAUGACGGAGGAAGCUGCAUUGAUGGUACCCAUAUUGACAUCAAGGGCAAGGAUGACGGAGGAAGCUAUAUCAAUAGGAAAGGUAGUGUGAAAAUGACAACAGUGAGUGAGUGUGUUUAGUUUUAUGCAAUAUCAAGACAGGGGGCUCCAGAUAUGGGUAGGUGACAACAGAUCACUUACAUCUUUUUAGCUCACCCGACUAUUUUCUAGCAUAAACAUGGAACCACUGCACUACAUGAAGCUAAAACUUCGCAUUAUUCACACAAAAGUAGACACCCCAAUUUCUCCAAGAUGUUCAGACGCAAUUUUCUGUAUUGUUGCCAUCACACAUAUCUUGUACUGGUCUUGGCUUAAUAAUUUGUAUGGUUAUAUCAUAUGUAGUAUACCCUGGAUAACACUCCAGGCUUUGAAGAAAUUGCUAGUCAGUGUUAAUGCAGGUGUUUCCACAUUAUCAUCUUUGUGAUUACAUGCUAGGGGUAAUGAGAGUGUGGUAGAAUAGAGGCCCAGGCCUUGGAGAGAGCAAAUACAGUUGUUCAAAUGUCAUGCAGUGCAGGUUUGAAGAAACAAACUAAGCUUAUAAAUAUGAACCAGUUUCAUUUUCUUUGCUUUAUAGGUCGGCCUUCCAUCCAAGUGCAAGCUGUCUGUGAUGAAAAGAUGAUGUUUGUGGAUGUGUUUGCUGGUUACCCAGGAUCAGUACAUGAUGCUAGGGUUUUCAAAGAGUCCCCUGUUUUUGAAAUUCUUGAAGA